AACAAACGCGCGCGACGAUUCGGGGUGCUCUGUGGCCGCGAGUGCAUCUUCCACGCUGGAGUGCAAUGGCGCGAUCUCGGCUCACUGCAACCUCUGCCUCCCGGGUUCAAGCAGUUCUCCUGCCUCAGCCUCCCUAGUAACUGGGAUUACAGGCGCCCGCCACCACACCCAGCUAAUUUUAUAUUUUUAGUAGAGACAGGGUUUCACUAUGUUGGCCGGGCUGAUCUCCAACUCCUGACCUCAGGCAAUCCACCUGCCUCAGUCUCCCAAAGUGCUGGGAUUACAGAUGUGAGCCACCGUGCCCGGCUUAGUUAAUGUUAUUUUUUGGGAACCUAAUUCAUCUCUCCAGCAAAGGACACAUCUCUCCAGCAAAGGACACCUCUCUCCAGCAAAGGACAAAAGAGAUGUCCCCAGUCCUUCACUUCUAUGUUCGUCCCUCUGGCCAUGAGGGGGCAGCCUCUGGACACACUCGGAGGAAACUGCAAGGGAAACUGCCAGAGCUGCAGGGCGUCGAGACUGAACUGUGCUACAACGUGAACUGGACAGCUGAGGCCCUCCCCAGUGCUGAGGAGACAAAGAAGCUGAUGUGGCUGUUUGGUUGCCCCUUAUUGCUGGAUGAUGUUGCUCGGGAGUCCUGGCUCCUUCCUGACUCCAAUGACCUGCUGCUGGAGGUCGGGCCCAGGCUGAACUUCUCCACCCCAACAUCCACCAACAUCGUGUCAGUGUGCCGCGCCACUGGGCUGGGGCCUGUGGAUCGUGUGGAGACCACCCGGCGCUACCGGCUCUCGUUUGCCCACCCCCCGUCAGCUGAGGUGGAAGCCAUUGCUCUGGCUACCCUGCACGACCGGAUGACAGAGCAGCACUUCCCCCAUCCCAUCCAGAGUUUCUCCCCUGAGAGCAUCCCGGAACCCCUCAAUGGCCCUAUCAAUAUACUGGGUGAGGGCCGGCUUGCGCUGGAGAAGGCCAACCAGGAGCUUGGUCUGGCUUUAGACUCUUGGGACCUAGACUUCUACACCAAGCGCUUCCAGGAGCUACAGCGGAACCCGAGCACUGUGGAGGCCUUUGACUUGGCGCAGUCCAAUAGCGAGCACAGCCGACACUGGUUCUUCAAGGGCCAGCUCCACGUGGAUGGGCAGAAGCUGGUGCACUCACUGUUUGAGUCCAUCAUGAGCACCCAGGAAUCCUCGAACCCCAACAACAUCCUCAAAUUCUGUGAUAACAGCAGUGCAAUCCAGGGAAAGGAAGUCCGAUUCCUACGGCCUGAGGACCCCACACGGCCAAGCCGCUUCCAGCAACAGCAAGGGCUGAGACAUGUUGUCUUCACAGCAGAGACUCACAACUUUCCCACAGGAGUAUGCCCCUUUAGUGGUGCAACCACUGGCACAGGGGGCCGGAUUCGAGAUGUCCAGUGCACAGGCCGUGGGGCCCACGUGGUGGCUGGCACUGCCGGCUAUUGCUUUGGAAAUCUGCAUAUUCCAGGUUACAAUCUGCCCUGGGAGGAUCCAAGCUUCCAGUAUCCUGGGAACUUUGCCCGGCCUCUGGAGGUUGCCAUUGAAGCCAGUAAUGGAGCUUCUGACUAUGGCAACAAGUUUGGGGAACCAGUGCUGGCUGGCUUCGCCCGCUCCUUGGGCCUCCAGCUCCCAGACGGCCAGCGGCGUGAGUGGAUCAAGCCCAUCAUGUUUAGUGGAGGCAUUGGGUCCAUGGAAGCUGACCACAUAAGCAAGGAGGCCCCAGAGCCAGGCAUGGAAGUUGUAAAGGUUGGAGGUCCCGUCUACAGGAUUGGAGUUGGAGGUGGAGCUGCUUCAUCUGUGCAGGUGCAGGGAGAUAACACCAGUGACCUGGACUUUGGGGCUGUGCAGCGAGGAGACCCGGAGAUGGAACAGAAGAUGAACCGUGUGAUCAGGGCUUGUGUGGAGGCCCCCAAGGGAAACCCCAUCUGCAGCCUUCAUGAUCAGGGCGCUGGUGGCAAUGGCAAUGUCCUAAAAGAGCUGAGUGACCCAGCUGGAGCCAUCAUUUACACCAGCCGCUUCCAGCUUGGGGACCCAACCCUGAAUGCCCUGGAAAUCUGGGGGGCUGAGUACCAGGAAUCAAAUGCUCUUCUGCUGAGGUCCCCUGACCGGGACUUCCUGACUCAUGUCAGUGCCCGUGAACGUUGCCCGGCUUGCUUCGUGGGCACCAUCACUGGAGACCAGAGAAUAGUGCUGGUGGACGAUCGGGAGUGUCCUGUCAGAAGAAAUGGCCAGGGGGAUGCCCCCCCGACACCCCCGCCAACCCCUGUGGACCUGGAGCUCGAAUGGGUGCUGGGCAAGAUGCCUCGGAAGGAGUUCUUCCUGCAGAGGAAGCCCCCCAUGCUGCAGCCUCUGGCCUUGCCCCCAGGGCUGAGCGUGCACCAGGCUCUGGAGAGGGUUCUGAGGCUGCCCGCCGUGGCCAGCAAGCGCUACCUCACCAAUAAGGUGGACCGCUCCGUGGGCGGCCUGGUGGCCCAGCAGCAGUGCGUGGGGCCCCUGCAGACUCCUCUGGCAGAUGUAGCGGUUGUGGCACUGAGCCAUGAGGAGCUCAUAGGGGCUGCCACAGCCUUGGGAGAACAGCCAGUCAAGAGCCUGCUGGACCCAAAAGUCGCCGCCCGGUUGGCUGUGGCCGAAGCCCUCACCAACCUGGUGUUUGCUCUGGUCACUGAUCUCCGGGAUGUGAAGUGUAGCGGGAACUGGAUGUGGGCAGCCAAGCUCCCAGGGGAGGGCGCAGCUUUGGCGGAUGCCUGUGAGGCUAUGGUGGCAGUGAUGGCAGCCCUGGGUGUGGCAGUGGACGGUGGCAAGGACUCCCUCAGCAUGGCUGCUCGGGUUGGCACUGAGACCGUGCGGGCUCCUGGGUCACUGGUUAUCUCAGCCUAUGCCGUCUGCCCAGACAUCACAGCCACCGUGACCCCAGACCUCAAGCAUCCUGAAGGGAGAGGCCAUCUGCUCUAUGUGCCUCUGAGCCCUGGGCAGCACCGGCUCGGGGGCACAGCUCUGGCCCAGUGCUUCUCCCAGCUUGGGGAACACCCUCCAGACCUGGACCUUCCUGAGAACUUGGUGCGGGCCUUCAGCAUCACUCAGGGGCUGCUGAAAGACCGCCUCCUCUGCUCAGGCCACGAUGUCAGUGACGGAGGCCUCGUCACAUGCCUGCUGGAGAUGGCCUUUGCUGGAAAUUGCGGGCUACAGGUGGAUGUGCCUGUCCCCGGGGUUGAUGUCCUGUCUGUGCUGUUCGCUGAGGAGCCAGGCCUCGUGCUGGAGGUGCAGGAGCCAGACCUGGCCCAGGUGCUGAAGCGUUACCGGGAUGCUGGCCUCCAUUGCCUGGAGCUGGGCCACACAGGCGAGGCCGGGCCCCACGCCAUGGUCCGGGUGUCAGUGAACGGGGCUGUGGUUCUGGAGGAGCCUGUUGGCGAGCUGCGAGCCCUCUGGGAGGAGACGAGUUUCCAGCUGGACUGGCUACAGGCAGAGCCUCGCUGUGUGGCAGAGGAGGAACGGGGCCUGAGGGAGCGGAUGGGGCCCAGCUAUUGCCUGCCCCCCACCUUUCCCAAAGCCUCCGUGCCCCGUGAGCCUGGUGGUCCCAGCCCCCGAGUCGCCAUCUUGCGAGAGGAGGGCAGUAAUGGAGACCGGGAGAUGGCCGAUGCCUUCCACUUGGCUGGGUUUGAGGUAUGGGACGUGACCAUGCAGGACCUCUGCUCUGGGGCAAUUGGGCUGGACACUUUCCGUGGCGUGGCCUUCGUGGGUGGCUUCAGCUAUGCAGAUGUCCUGGGCUCUGCCAAAGGGUGGGCAGCUGCUGUGACCUUUCAUCCCAGGGCUGGGGCUGAGCUGAGGCGCUUCCGGAAGCGGCCAGACACCUUCAGCCUGGGCGUGUGUAAUGGCUGUCAACUGCUGGCUCUGCUGGGCUGGGUGGGAGGCGACCCCAAUGAGGAUGCUGCAGAGAUGGGCCCUGACUCCCAGCCAGCCCGGCCAGGCCUUCUGCUACACCACAACGUGUCUGGGCGCUACGAGUCUCGCUGGGCCAGCGUGCGUGUGGGGCCUGGGCCAGCCCUGAUGCUGCGAGGGAUGGAGGGCGCCGUGCUGCCUGUGUGGAGUGCGCACGGGGAAGGUUACGUAGCAUUUUCUUCUCCGGAACUCCAAGCUCAGAUUGAGGCCAGGGGCUUGGCUCCACUGCACUGGGCCGAUGAUGACGGGAACCCCACAGAGCAGUACCCUCUGAAUCCCAAUGGGUCCCCAGGGGGUGUGGCUGGCAUCUGCUCCUGUGAUGGCCGCCACCUGGCUGUCAUGCCUCACCCUGAGCGGGCCGUUAGGCCUUGGCAGUGGGCAUGGCGACCCCCUCCAUUUGAUACUCUGACCACCUCCCCCUGGCUCCAGCUCUUUAUCAAUGCCCGAAACUGGACCCUGGAAGGUAGCUGCUGACUGGCCACAGGCGCUCACCUGGGCCCCAUGGCUUUUCACCUAAGUGGGUCCUGCCCCCUCCCCCAUGACCUUCAGGAGCACCCCAUAUUAUUUCCAAAAAUAUCUCGGACAGACAAGGACCAAAAUGCCAAAAUCUCAGCGGACUCGAUGAUCUGCCUGCUGAUGUUCCUUCUGCGGCUGUGUCUAUUUUCAGUUCUGCUCUAACAUGGCAUGCCCUUUCUCAGCCCAGGAAACAGCAUGUGGUUCAGAGAAAAGAGCAACAAGGAAAAGUUAGGACCCCUGAGGUCCGAACAGGGGCUUCUGUUGCCCACUUCACAACACCCAGUGAUCACCGGCGUGCAAUUGCCUCCUUGGCUCUAAGGGAUGUUUUGCGCUCCCUUUUCUCAUCAUUGGGGUUAGGGGGUGCAGACAAAUUCAGCAAUAGUAUGCAGAUCAGCCCCUCACCACCUCAUUGUUCUCAUCUGGAACUGAAAUUUUCUGGAUUUCUCUUGAAGUGCUACACCGUGCUGAAUGUAAGGAAUUGUUGCUUGUGGAAGUUUCUCAGCGUUUCUGGCUGUCUCAGGGCUGGCCUCAGAACCCAGCAUUCCUGUUAUUUGCUUCUAAAUUAGCAGCUCUCUUUUUUUUUUUUUUUUUUUUUUUUUUUUUUUUUUUUGAGGCAUUCUCACUCUGUCACCCAGGCUGGAGUACAAUGGCGUGAUCUCGGCUCACUGCAACCUCUGCCUCCUAGGUUCAAGCAAUUUUCCUGCCUCAGCCUCCCGAGUAGCUGGGAGUACAGGCACACACCACCACACCCAGCUAAUUUUUGUAUUUUUAGUAGAGAUAGGGUUUCACCAUGUCUCCCAGGCUGGUCUCAAACUCCUAACCUCAAGUGAUCCGCCUGCCUCGGCCUCUCAAAGUGCUGGGAUUACAGGUGGGAGCCACUACACCUGGCCCAGCAGCUCUGUUUCUGAUAGAGGUGGUUGGGGCUCUCAUCCCUAGAUCCUAACCCUUUAGUGUGCUGGAAUUCUACUCUUCACUUACUGCAUUGACUGUUGUUGAUUAGUUAUUAUUGCAAAGCACUGUCACCGGCCUCAGGGAGUUUAUGUGUAAUAGAAUUAAAAAUAAUAGCUGUGCAUAACACUUAGCUCAAGCCACGCAUGUGUGAGGCAUUUGGUAUGUAUCUGAAUUAAUUCUCACUAAAAUUCAGCAAAGGACUUGAUAGCCUCUCCCUGCCUUUUCAAUAAAGGAUGAAUGAAGGUUGA